UCGGGCCGGCAUCCCUCUGCGAGUGCGCCUGAAGAACCUGUUAGAUACGUGUCUGUUUUUUUUUCUGGUGUGGCGGGGAGAGGAGAGCUUCAGCUGUGGGGAGCUGCUUUUGGGCUUCACGGAUAUCAUGGCGGUGUGAGCGUGGCAGUCGGGGAGAGGGGUGAAGGCGCGCGGUGGAUGAAGGUCGCUGUGCGGCACUUUGGGAGAACUGCUGCAAGCCCAGCGUCUGAUUCUGGUGAGCACGCGGGACGUGAGCUCAAGGGUGCACAGGACACCGUGUGGAGUCAGCUGCCGGUCCUCUGCAUCCCACCACCCUGAGGCCAAGUAGGAGUUUUCUUUGGAGAAGGCGGCCGACUGCCUGAGAAGGCGAGCAGGUCCCAGCUGUGGAGGGUGAGGGCUGCUGCGUGGGAGUUUGCCUUGUGGGGACUCCAAUAUAUGAGUGCAAACAAAACUAACUUUUCUAAUCUGGUGGUGUAUGAGCCAGGCUGUUUGCUAUCAUGGGGAACAGCCUUUUUGCAAACUGCUGCAGGCAUGUCACCGAUCUAAUCUUCCAGACACGCAGCUUUAACUCGCCUGAUGAGAGGUCGCCCCUCUUACCGAAGCCUCCCACGAGCUGCACCGUCUGCCCGGAGAUGCCAGAAGCUACCCAGUGUGCUGGGCCGUAUCCAGACAUCAUCCCCAGCGAGGCGGUGACCGGAAGCCUGCAGAAGUGCACCGAAUACCUUCAAGACCUAUCCGAGGCCAAGGGCGAAGAAGGAACGGUGACGGUCUGUGAUAAGAGCUGUUUGAGACCCGGCGUUGGUGCUGCUGGCCUGCUCCGGCAGGCAGAGGCAUCCCGUGCGGUGGCUGUCCUUCCAGCCGACCUUGGGGAAGGGCCGGCAGGGCUGGUCGGUCAUGCUCAGUCGCUUGAGGCCUGCCAGAGCUGUGUGAAACUUGAGGACAGCGGCUUAGCCCAUAGAUCCUGCUGCCGGGAGGAGCACGUGGCAGCAGCUGAUGGGGGGGAUGCGGCCCCUGGAGCACAUCCUGCCAGCCGGGGCCACGGUGAGGGACGAGCAGCCUUGCUUUUAGACACAGCCUUAGUGGGUCCGGACAGCGUGCUGAAAUGCAGAGGUACUGCUCCCUCCCCGGGGAGCUCUGGGACACCUUCCUCUGCUCUGCCAGCAAGCAUGGGGAAAAUGCUGCCGUCCCAGAGGACAGUUGUGCUGCCUGUCCCCCCUGGCAAGGUGUCAUCUAAGACUCGGAACACAAGUACUGGUUUUGUAGUGACAGACCCCGCCGCCUGCCCCGGCGGCAGGUCAAGCUGUGAUCCUGACUCUCGGGCGCAGGGACUGCCCUCAAAGCAGCACCAGCAGAAGAAGAAGAGGAAGAAAAAGAAGUUCACACUUCUAGAGCACCCGUCUGGCGUGGCACUGAUGAAUGGCAGCGGCCCACACGAGAGCCUCAAGGGCGAGAAGGAUGCCAGGCAGAACGGUCACGAGGAGGCUGACCCAGGAGAAGAUGGGAACGACCAGGAGGUCAUUGUCAUACAGGACACAGGAUUUACCGUCAAGAUCUGUGCGCCAGGGAUAGAGCCCUUUUCCCUGCAGGUCUCUCCUCAAGAGAUGGUGCAAGAGAUCCACCAAGUUUUGAUGGACCGUGAAGAUACCUGCCAUCGGACUUGCUUCUCUCUGCAGCUGGAUGGCAAUGUCCUCGACAACUUUGCUGAGCUGAAAACUAUUGAAGGACUGCAGGAGGGCUCGCUGCUGAAAGUGGUGGAAGAGCCAUACACAGUGCGAGAAGCCAGGAUACAUGUGCGUCACAUUCGGGACCUACUGAAGAGUCUUGACCCAUCAGAUGCUUUCAAUGGUGUGGACUGUAAUUCACUGUCCUUCCUGAGUGUCUUCACUGAAGGAGACCUGGGAGACAGUGGAAAACGGAAGAAGAAAGGUACCGAAAUGGAACAAAUUGACUGCACCCCUCCUGAACAUAUCCUGCCAGGUAGCAAAGAGAGACCCCUGUGUGCCCUUCAGCCCCAGAACAGAGACUGGAAGCCUUUGCAGUGCCUAAAGGUAUUGACGAUGAGUGGCUGGAACCCUCCACCUGGUAACCGGAAAAUGCAUGGGGACCUCAUGUAUUUAUAUGUCAUCACAGUGGAGGAUCGGCACGUCAGUAUCACUGCAUCCACUCGAGGAUUUUACUUGAAUCAGUCUACUGCAUACAACUUCAAUCCCAAACCUGCAAACCCCAGUUUUCUCAGUCAUUCCUUGGUGGAACUACUUAACCAGAUCAGCCCUACCUUCAAAAAAAACUUUGCCGCUCUGCAGAAGAAACGGGUUCAGAGACACCCUUUUGAAAGGAUAGCCACUCCUUUCCAAGUGUACAGCUGGACGGCUCCGCAAGCAGAACAUGCCAUGGACUGUGUCCGGGCAGAAGACGCUUAUACUUCUAGACUGGGCUAUGAAGAGCACAUACCUGGACAGACCAGAGACUGGAAUGAGGAGCUGCAGACCACGCGAGAGCUGCCGCGCAAGAACCUGCCCGAGAGGCUGCUGAGAGAACGAGCCAUUUUCAAGGUUCACAGCGACUUCACUGCAGCAGCAACAAGAGGUGCUAUGGCUGUCAUUGAUGGCAAUGUCAUGGCCAUCAACCCCAGUGAAGAGACCAAGAUGCAGAUGUUCAUCUGGAACAACAUUUUCUUCAGCUUGGGCUUUGACGUCCGUGACCACUACAAGGACUUUGGUGGAGAUGUUGCUGCUUAUGUAGCUCCUACCAAUGAUCUCAAUGGUGUGCGGACCUAUAAUGCUGUGGAUGUAGAAGGGCUGUACACGCUGGGGACUGUAGUGGUGGAUUACAGAGGUUACAGGGUGACGGCUCAGUCUAUUAUUCCUGGCAUCUUGGAACGGGAGCAGGAGCAGAGCGUCAUCUAUGGGUCAAUAGACUUUGGCAAGACAGUUGUCUCGCACCCCAAGUAUCUGGAGCUGCUGGAGAAGACCAGCAGGCCGCUUAAGAUCCAGAAGCACAAAGUCCUCAAUGACAAGAAUGAGGAGGUGGAGCUGUGCUCCUCGGUGGAGUGCAAAGGCAUUAUUGGCAAUGAUGGGCGUCACUACAUCCUGGACCUGCUCCGCACUUUCCCUCCAGAUCUAAACUUCCUGCCUGUUGAAGGGGAGGAGAUGCCAGAGGAAUGUAAGAAAAUGGGAUUCCCCAAGCAGCACAGACACAAGCUUUGCUGUCUCCGGCAAGAGCUUGUUGAUGCCUUUGUAGAACACAGGUAUCUCUUAUUCAUGAAGCUGGCUGCGCUGCAGCUGAUGCAGCAGAAAGCCAACAAGCAGGAGAGCUCAGGUGCGCUGGAAAAUGGUGCCUCUCCGGAGAACGGUACUGCAGACAGUGAGAAAUCUGAGUCAGAGGAUGGUAAAAUAGACGAUAACGUGACUGGACUUGAUCAGGUGAAAGAGCUUGCUGAGACCAUUGCAUCUGAUGAUGGAACAGUGGAUCCCAAAAGCAGAGAAGUGAUUCGAAAUGCUUGCAAGGCUGUAGGCUCCAUUAGUGACACGUCAUUUGACAUUCGGUUUAACCCAGAUAUUUUCUCACCAGGUGUUCGUUUUCCCGAGUCUAGCAAAGAGGAGGUGCAGGAUCAGAAGCAGUUGCUGAAGGAUGCUGCUGCGUUCUUGCUGUCGUGCCAGAUCCCAGGUUUGGUCAAAGACUGUCUGGAUCACACAGUGCUCCCAAUGGAUGGGGCUACCUUAGCAGAGGCCAUGCACCAGAGGGGCAUCAACAUGCGUUAUCUAGGCAAAGUGAUCAACUUCAUCACCAAGACCCCUGGCCGUGCUCAGCUGGAUCACAUUUUUAAAAUAGGAAUCAGUGAAUUGAUCACUCGAUCGGCUAAACACAUCUUCAAGACGUACCUCCAGGGUGUGGAGCUGUCGGGUUUAUCAGCAGCCAUCAGCCACUUCCUCAAUUGCUUUCUAAGCUCCUUUCCAAAUCCCAUUGCCCAUCUUCCAGCUGAUGAGCUGGUCUCCAAGAAAAAGAAUAAGAAAAGGAAAAACAGGAACCUUGGAAAUGCCGAUAACACUGCAUGGGCCAGCAUGACCCCGCAGGAGCUUUGGAAGAAUAUUUGUUCAGAAGCAAAGAACUACUUCGAUUUUAGUCUUGAAUGUGAGAAUGCUGACCAAGCAGCUGAAGUGUAUAAUCUACAGAAAAUCACCCUGCUCCGUGAAAUCUCCCUCAAAACUGGAGUCCAAAUACUGCUGAAAGAGUACAACUUUGACAACAGGCACAAGCCCACCUUCACAGAAGAGGAUAUUCUCAACAUCUUCCCUGUAGUGAAGCACGUAAACCCUAAAGCCUCCGAUGCUUUCCACUUCUUCCAGAGCGGGCAAGCAAAGGUUCAGCAAGGUUUCUUGAAGGAGGGCUGCGAGCUCAUCAAUGAAGCCUUAAACUUGUUCAACAAUGUGUAUGGUGCUAUGCAUGUAGAAAUCUGUGCCUGCCUGAGGCUGCUAGCUCGUCUCAACUAUAUCAUGGGAGAUUAUUCAGAGGCCUUAAGUAAUCAGCAGAAAGCAGUGCUAAUGAGCGAGAGGGUCCUGGGUAUUGAACAUCCCAACACAAUUCAAGAAUACAUGCACCUUGCUUUGUACUGCUUUGCGAACAGCCAGCUCUCUACAGCAUUGAACUUACUGUACCGUGCACGCUACCUCAUGCUAUUGGUAUUUGGGGAAGAUCACCCAGAAAUGGCACUCUUAGAUAACAACAUUGGCUUGGUGCUCCACGGGGUUAUGGAGUAUGACCUGUCCCUCCGGUUCCUGGAGAACGCGCUGGCCAUCAGCUCCAAGUAUCAUGGCUCCAAGUCUUUGAAAGUUGCACUAAGCCACCACUUGGUAGCCCGAGUGUAUGAGAGCAAAGCAGAAUUCCGGUCAGCUCUGCAGCACGAGAAGGAAGGCUACACCAUCUACAAAAACCAGCUUGGAGAACACCAUGAAAAGACCAAAGAGAGCUCUGAGUACUUGAAAUACCUGACUCAGCAAGCAGUCGCUCUUCAACGCACAAUGAACGAGAUUUACAAGAAUGGCUCCAAUGCAAACAUCAUGCCACUUAAGUUCACAGCUCCCAGUAUGGCCAGUGUCCUGGAGCAGCUCAACAUUAUCAAUGGGAUUCUCUUCAUUCCACUAAGCCAAAAAGACUUGGAAAACCUUAAAGCAGAGGUGCAGCGACGCCAGCAGCUCCAGGAAAGCAUAAAAAGUGGUGAACAGCUGGAACCAGAGGACAAAGCUGUGGAGGAGAAAGAGGCUGAGCCAAGCAUGCCUUCUGCUGAGAUCCCCUUAACACAGAGCUCUGCUUAAUGUGUACCUCGCUUAAAAAAAAAAAAAGUUUAAACCACCCUUUUCUGAAUCUGACCCAGGGUCUCGGACUCCCCUGGAGCAGCUCCUCCUUUUUUGACAAUGUUAUUGCACUGGUACAAUUAAUACACAAUGCAAAGAACUAAUCUGAGAAAUGUAAUCUGUCUGACUGAGCUUGUGUCUGCCACGUGAAGGGGAAGGUGGCCAGGAUGCAGCAGCAUACGAAAGACCCAUCCUAGGUGAGCGGAGCCAGAGGCUGUCACGCCUGUGUGUGUGCGUACGUGUUGUGUGUGUGUGUGCGUAUCAUCAGUUAUUUCUACUUUGUACAUAUGAAUUCCAAAUGAACUGUCUUGAGGUAUGUAACAUUUCUCAGGUCAUUUUUAUGUUGACUAAGGACACUGCUUUGCUAAAACAGUACAAAACCAGCCCCAUCCACUGCUCAGCGUUCUUGUAAAAUGUGGAUUCCAAGCCAAAAGAUUUCUUUCCCCCCAGUCACUAUCCCGAUUUGUGCUAAGACAACUAAGCAGCCAUAUUUGUAUUGCUCAGAUGACUGAAGCCUGUAAUGUGUGAGUAAAAAUGGGGGAAUGUACAGCAUUUUCUACAUCAGGAUAUAGCCAUUGGAUUCCAUUAACCAUUUUUUUCUACUUUUGGUUGGCAGUGCUGAAAUUCAGUGGGGUUUUGUAACAUUCACAUUCUAAUUUUCAAGGUAAAGAUAUAGAUAGAGAGAUAUAGAGAUAUAUAUAUAUAUAUGAAUGAUACUCACAGUUCCACCUCUCUGCUCUGCUUGCAGCUGAGUAACUUAGGAUACUGUAUCCAAAGAGUGAGGGCUUGAUGUUUAAAAAAAGCGCACAAACUUCCAUUACAAUGGAAACCCCAGUGCCUAGGAGAGAUUGAUAAUGGCAUCAAAUGAGGUCUGAACUAAAGUAAUUUAGCAGGAAAUCGUGGCCCUAUUAAAAGGGCAAGGGAAGAGGGGAGGAAAAGUCAGAAAUAGGGACUUGGUCUCAUUUGCAAUAGCAACUGUAACACAGAGCUGAUGGAUUUUAACCUGACAGGCAAGUUGAACCAGAUUGGAAUCGCGGGUUUCCCACAAGCUGAAAUCACUAGGCUUUGGGGAGGGGGGUUAAACAAAAACUAAAAUUCCCACAGCACUGAAACCUAUGGCUAAGACCUUCUUAAAUGACUUUUGCACACUGGUUUUGAGAUUGUUGCCAGGGGAGCUUCCAUUGCUGGCAAUGGAUGUUACUGAAAUGGCAGAUGCCACUAAACAAAUCCUUACGUCCCCUCCCCAUCACACACACGUCCCGUGGCAGUUGUCAAUGACUAGCGCGUGCUCCCCUGGCCGCGCCAGUCACAAAGCAGGUAAGAUGUGGCCACCGCAGGCCAUGGUGUGCCGACAGAGUUGAAUGUCCUUUUUUCCAAACAGAUCAAGCUGUAGAACGCAGCCACCCUGUGCUGACAAAGGAGUCCGGUCUUUCUCUCUCUCGUGUUGUCUGUCAUGGAUAGUACCCUGUGCUAAUUUGCAUUGCUUCUUUUACUGACCUUCUGGAGAACAAGUGCUGUCACUGUGCUCUGUACCCUUGGUUUCCUGUACUACAUUACAGGUAUUUGUAACUCUUGGUGGGGGGGAAGGGAAGGAGGGGAGUAGCCUCCAAGUUGUGAGAGGCGGCAAAGCAGGAGGAGUCUUUACUGCAAAAGAACUUGCUCCUAUUAGAAAAAUUCUGAAUUUCCUGGAAGGCAAUCAAUAAAUGACUACAGUGCAUCUUUCCUACAAGAUUUUUCUUUUGCUAGUCUCUUUCAGUCCAUUAAAAGCUUUUUAAACUGU